UGUUGAGACAUGCGCAGAUGCGGGAUGAUGCCAUAUUGGACUUGAGUAUUCAGCUGAGAGAGACACACACACACUCAUACAGGACACACACCGCUCCUGCUUCAACCAGAUCACCGGAUCACUCAAUUCAGAUAGACGGAAAAAACUCGCAUAAGUUAUGGAUUGUGCGGAGGAGGAGGUGGAUUUUAAUUGGGAGGAGUAUCUCGAGUACACUGGAGCCACUGCCGCACCCCACACUUCCUUCAGACAUGUGGAGAUCAGUCUUCAAAGCAGCUUUCAGCCUGGCAUGAAGCUUGAAGUAGCCAAUAAAGGCAGCCUGGAUACAUACUGGGUGGCUACUAUCAUAACCACAUGUGGUCAGUUGCUAUUGUUACGCUACUGUGGCUAUGGCGAAGACCGCAAGGCGGACUUCUGGUGCGAUAUCAUGACAGCCGAACUUCAUCCUGUCGGUUGGUGCGCUCAGAACAACAAAACGCUUCAACCACCUGAAGAUAACGUUUACCUCAGAGCAGCUAUAAAAGAGAAGUCUAAUGAUUGGGCAGAGUUUCUUAUCAAGGAGCUCACAGGUUCACGGACAGCGCCAGCCAACCUGCUCGAAGGGCCAUUGCGAGGUAAAAACACGGUGGAUCUGAUCACUGUAGGCUCUAUUUUGGAGUUGCGGGAUGCCUUUGAACCCAGCGUGUACUGGGCGGCUCGAGUCCAACGCAAUGUGGGUGGACGCUUAUGCCUCAGUUAUGUUGGACUGGAUGACCCCGUUCACUACAUCUGGAUGUUCUAUCUUGACACCAGACUCCGCCCCCUAGGCUGGGCCAAAGAAAAUAACCUGUCAAUGGAGGCUCCCACAGAUUUGCGUGGAUUAAGGAGCAGGGCAGAAUGGACAGAAGCUUUAGAAGAAGCCACAGCCGAAGCCAUAAAGAGUCCACUUCCACUGGAGGUAUUCAAGGAUCAUGCUGACUUGCGCACACACUCCUUCAAGAUGGGAAUGAAACUUGAAAUGGUGUCACCAGCCGAACCCUUUUACAUCUGCCCUGUGUCUUUAACUAAAGUUUACAAUGAAUACUACUUUCAAAUCACAGUGGAUGACCUCACAGCUGAAGCCACGCCCACUUCUGUGGUGUGCCAUGCUGAUUCACCUGGCAUCCUGCCAGUUCAGUGGUGUCUGAAGAAUGGUGUUAGCCUGGAGAGGCCACGUGGUUUUGAGUCACAGGACUUUGACUGGGCCGACUACCUCAAACACACAGGCACUGAGGCAGCUCCAGAUGCUUGUUUCCCAAACGCAUCUCAGAGCAAGGGCUUUUGUAAGGAUAUGUGGCUUGAAGCGGUGAAUCCACUCCAGCGUACAGAAAUCUGCGUUGCUCGUAUCACUCAGGUCAAAGGUCGACUUCUCUGGCUCAGACUGGAAGGUCUGACCAAGCCAUUACCAGACUGUAUUGUGGAUGUUGAGAGUAUGGACAUCUUUCCUGUAGGCUGGUGUGAAGCUAACAGCUACCCGCUAAUCCCUUUACUAAAGCCAGUCUGUCAACCUCAAAAAAAGAUUGCUGUCGUCCAACCUGAGAAACAGUUGGCCCCCUCUCAUCCUGCUGAUGGCCAUUUGAACAUGUGCCCCUCUAUGGAUACAGGUUUGGCGAAUGGGAAGUACUGCUGUUCUCAGCUGUUUGUUAAUCAUCGCUGUUUUUCUGGCCCAUAUCUUAACAAGGGACGUAUUGCUGAGUUACCACAAGCCGUGGGUCCUGGAAAGUGUGCUGUAGUCCUUAAAGAGGUUCUAACAAUGUUAAUAAACUCGGCGUAUAAGCCUGGCCGUGUGCUCAGAGAACUGCAGGUGGUGGAAGACCCAAAGUGGAACUGUCAGGAAGAAACUCUCAAAGCAAAAUAUAAAGGUAAAAGCUAUCGGUCCACCAUGAAGAUCGUUCGUACAGUGGAGCAAGUGGCUGAGUUUUGCCGUCGAGUAUGCGAGAGACUGCAGUGCUGUCCGAACCUUUUCGGCCCAACUCUUGUUUCCAACAAGUGCCCUGAAAACUGCUCCAGUCAAACAAAAACCAAAUACACGUAUUACAAGAAGAGGAAAGUCGGACGACCAAGUUUAGGUGAAACUGCACAGGAUGGUGACAUGACCAAACCUGCACGCCGUCGAAAGAAACGGAAAGCCAUCUUUGUCCAGAAGAAACGCCGCACUUCUAUUGUAGGAUACCAAACCACAGAGUCACCUCAGGAUAGUGAUUAUUACUAUGACGACGAGGAAGAUUUUGAUGAGUCUGGUAGUGAGGAAAGCUCCAAUUCACCUCGUGAAGAGACCCCUGCCCACACCUUUAAGGAGGCCCCAAGGAGAGGGAGACCCCCACGGCGUGUUGUUCUUCAGCGUAGGGCGACCCAUCCGGGGCCAGAACCCUCAGAUAAGUCUGUUCCUCGGAGAACCACACGCUCAGUUUCCUACAUCCAGAACCAGACGACCAAACACGCACAAACAAAGACGGAGUCUGUUGAAGAGGAAGAUCGUCUGGUGUUGGAGAGGAAUCCUUUACAAUGGAGCGUAUCUGACGUGGUGGAUUUUAUCGCGUCCACUGACUGUGCCUCCCUGGCUAAGAUUUUCCAAGAGCAGGACAUCGAUGGACAGGCUUUGCUGCUGUUGACACUUCCUACAGUUCAAGAAUGUAUGGACCUUAAGCUCGGACCCGCCAUUAAACUCUGCCAUCAGAUUGAACGGGUCAAAGUGGCCUUCUACUCUCAGUACGCUAACUAAGCUAACCCCAAUUACUCUACAAGCCUACCCAGAAGCCUUUGCCUCACUGGACUCAAAAAAGAAACCUGUGUAUUGUUCUCAGGGGUUCAAAAUGCUAUUCCAUCCAUAAGGAAACCUCAGGUUGACUACAUUUGCAGGAUUUGUAUACAGUACCAACUCAACAUUUUUUUUAUGUUAUCUGCCUUUAAAUGCCAUAUACUGUACUGUAGUACUUUCUGAUUGUUAAGCUGGUUUUACAGUAACCAAACAGGCAUAUUAUAUUGGUUGGAGAUCCAGAGGUUUCAAGAGAAAAAACAAAGGCAAUAUCCUACAACCAAUGGGAAGUAGAAUAUGCCUGAAUUGAAAAGAAAAAAACAUUUCAACUGUGAAACACCUUUAGCUUUUCUGCAGUUUUAUCCCUAUCUUUCAAGACCAAAUUAUAUUUAAAUACAAAUGAUAUGUGAAGUAUUGACUAAGUAUGCUAAUAUAUUUGCAAUAUUUAUUUUGCUCUGAUAAACUAUUUUUUAUAACAUUUGUCAGGUUAGAAGGCUAGUGUGUCAUUCCAACACCUGAGAAGUUAGGCAUUGUGAAUUCAAUAGGUUGAAUUAUAGAAUUUCAUUAUUAUCAGGACUGAAAAAUUAUAUAGGCAUGUUCUGCUGUAUGUUGUGUGUAUGCUGAGAUUGUAUAUGUGCACGUGUUUGUAUGUGUAUGCAUCUGUACACACACACAUAUAUAUGACUCAUUGUAUUAGACAAUAGCUCUACACAUACAUCAAGUUAUUCCAAACUGCCUGUCAUUCUGGCUUCUUUGGUUUUCUAAUCAACACUUCAUUUGUUUCUUCUUAAAAUACAGGGCAAUUGGAUUUUUGAAGAGUGGCCUUUUGCAUUGGCCUAAUCUAUAUUUUAUGUAAAUAAUCUAUGCAAAAUUGGAUGUUUUAUAUACAUAUUUUGUUUGAAAUGACUUUCAUAGUGAUAUAUUUUUUACUUCUCUCUGACUCUUCACUUGAUCAGUUCACAAGUAGAUUGUAUUAAAACUGUAUGAACUGCAAAUACAAUAUUGU